AUGUGGCAGGACGAAUCUGACGAUUCGUCAUCACGUGAAACUGAAGAAGACGUGAAGCCGACGACCGGCACGGAGCUGACCACCACGGCCGCCGCCGACUCCCAGCAAGAUGUCCAAGAUGGCUCAAGUGGCGCCGAACCUGACUCGGACUAUGAAAAUCCUGAAGAAGGAGAAGGAAGUGGAGAUGGUAGCGAUGAUCAAGCUGCAGGAGUAGGCAGCUCUUCAAGUGGGAGUAGUGAUGUUCCACGAAGAAGACCGAAAGGCCGACUCGAUGAAAAAACUCGAAAGUUGCUGGAGGACAGCAAUUACUUGCGACGGUCUGCAAGAUCAAAACAAACUGGGAAGGGUCGUAAAAGCAGCAGUCCUUCUGAGGAAGAUGAAAGCAAAAGUGAGGAUUCUUCUUCGGAUUCUGAAGAUUACAAGCGAAAAAGCCGUAAGGUGAUUUCUCAGAAGAAGUCGAAAAAGGUUUCAAAGACCCGUUCUCGCGGACCAAAAUCAUCUCGAUCUCAAGUGGAUUACACAGAAAAGGGAACCGAUGAAGACAUCGAUGACAAUGAUGUUCUCGAAUGGGAAGAUGACAAGAAGUCACCGUCUUCGGUUGCAGCCAACGCUGAAACUAUUGAGCGUGUUAUCAAAUCACGAAUGGGAUCUGUAGGCGCUACUGGUUCGGCAACUACAUGCUAUAAUGUAGCAGAGAAGGGAGACCCUAACGACCCUUCGUCUAGUUCACUAGAGCAACAAUUUCUUAUCAAGUGGGUGGGCUGGAGCCAUUUGCAUAACACUUGGGAAUCGGAAGCCUCCAUAGCUGCAAUGGGUGCAAAUGGCAGUAAAAAAUUGUACAAUUUCAUCAAAAAGCAAAAAGAAAUGGAUGAAUGGAAACGCACGGCAGACAAAGAAUAUAUAGAAUUCUAUGAAUGUGAACAAGUAAUGAGUGAAGAACUGUGUGAAGAAUACCUAAAGGUUGAGCGAAUAGUUGCGCACCAGGUGUCUCGGGACAGAAACGCGGAAGGAGUCGAAGCAACUGAGUAUUACGUGAAAUGGUGCGGUCUCUCAUAUUCCGAUUGUACCUGGGAAGAUGCUAAGCUUUUACCUCCAGAAAAGAUCGAAGCCUAUCAUCGUAGGCUCGAGAACUAUCGUGCCCCUAGCAAAAAUGCAGCGGUGUUACGCAAAAGACCAAAGUUUGUGAAGUUUGACGAGAUGCCAUCGUUCCUUCAAACUGGAGGCAAAGAUCUCGUUCCUACGCGACUAUCAGCUUGA